GUUGUGAUGGCUGUAAAGGAUUCUUCAGACGAAGUGUUCGCAAGAACCAUCAGUAUGCCUGCAGGUUUAACAGGAGUUGCGUAGUGGACAAGGACAAGAGGAACCAAUGUCGGUAUUGUCGUCUGAAGAAGUGUUUCAGAGCAGGCAUGAAGAAAGAAGCGGUCCAGAAUGAGAGAGACCGAAUAAGCUGCAGACGCCCAAGUUAUGAUGAAACAUUACAGUCAACUGGGCUAUCCCUUGGUGCGUUGGUCAACGCCGAAAUGUAUGCUAGACAACAGUUGGGACCUCACCAGAAUGAAAUUAGUCAUACUAAUAAGAAAGUGGCCACCAUAGCGGAUGUAUGUGAAUCUAUGAAACAACAGCUUUUGAUACUUGUGGAGUGGGCUAAAUACAUCCCAUCUUUUUCUGAUCUGCCACUGGAUGACCAAGUGGCGCUUUUGAGAGCUCACGCUGGAGAACACUUGUUACUUGGUCUAGCUAGAAGAUCAUUGUGUUUGAAGGAUGUUUUAUUGCUUGGUAAUGACUUCGUCAUCCCUCGCCAUUCAGCAGAAACUGAAAUCAGCAGAAUAGGAUGUAGAAUUAUGGAUGAACUUGUGACAACUUUACGAGAAGUAGACGUGGAUGAUACAGAGUUUGCGUGCCUUAAAGCCAUUGUGUUUUUUGAUCCCUAUGCUAAAGGUCUGAGUGAUGUUCAGAGAAUCAAAUUGCUUCGCUACCAAGUUCAGACCAGCUUAGAAGACUAUAUAAAUGACAGACAGUAUGAUUCUAGAGGGCGCUUUGGGGAGAUCCUGUUGACACUCCCUCCACUCCAAAGUAUCACGUGGCAGAUGAUUGAACAAAUUCAAAUUGCAAAGAUUUUGGGAAUGGCUAAAAUUGACAAUCUUCUGCAGGAAAUGUUGUUAGGAGACUCGUUCUCCCCAGAAAACCCCAUGAUGUCAACAUUUGCCCCCUAUCCUUACACAGUUAGGGCAUUAAAUAGACUUCCAGAGUUUACUGCAAGUGUGCCAUCUAGUGGUGAACAAGGACCUCCCAUGGGCCCACCUCCAUCAGGCCCUCUUCUACAGUCAACCUCUCUACACCAUUCAGUACUGCAACAUCCCAUUGCACACGUGAACAACGGCCACAGUGAUCACCUCUCCAAUGGUCAUCCUGACACUCCUAUCCCGUCACCUCCGGAUACUUAUAAAGUCCAGUCACUCGGCAGCCAGCCCUUAAAGAGGGAAAUGAUUGACUCUGACCCAGCCUACUAGCCUCAUCGCCGAGUGGACAAAAGAUGAACAACAUGUAGUUAAAGCUGCAUCGUUCAUCGGUGUAAUGUCCAGUGAUCAUUAGUUAGCAGAAGACGGCCCUCAUAGAUAGGGACUUACCAUAGUUGUUGAAAUCGUUAUGGAUUCAGAGUGAUGUAAUUAAUGGGAAAGACAAGGUCGUAUACUGGAGAGUUAUUUUUAUGUUUUUCACAAGUGUGGAAACAGAAAAGUUUUAACGUAGUGCCACACUUAGCAUUUUUCUUUUAGCAAAUGCUACAGAGUAAUCUUUAAUGCUUGGGAACAUUUGGAUGUUACCAGAAACUGGCUGUUGUGCAGCAGUUACAAUAAGAUGUCACAGCAGCUACAGUCUGAUGCCUCAUCUGGCAUUCAAAGCUGUGAUGUGGAUAGUUAAGUUCAACUGCUGGCAGUUAUUGAAACAGGUGUAUAUCUUAGGUUAGUAAGAAAAACCCAGUUCGUAUAAUAGAAGAAUCCUUGGCAUAAAGUACUUCGUGAAACUGUAAGAAUUAGGAAAAGAUUUUCAUUUAUUAGGUUGUUGGUAAACCAGCCACGUGCCAGUAUCCAGCAAAUAUUAAACAUAGUGUUAACAGUGUUGGAAACAAUGAUUCUAGUAUCUCCAAGUAAAUUACUGGGUUGAUUUUAGGGUAUGGUCCACCUCUGGCAGUUGAAUGAGAGUGUGUUUGUGUUGUAUACAGUGUA